AUGUUAGAGCUGCCACCAGAUACUAGAAAAGGGUUUUUGUAUCUAACGAAUGAUGAAGUUUUCAGCGCAUUCAAAGGCUGUAUAGGCCUUGACUUUCUGUAUAUGGAAAACCAGGAAGGAGUAAAAAUUAUGGCUGUUAGUGUGAUGGAGAAUAGCCUUUUAUGGUCUGAAGAUCCCGACGUAGAAGAGGCUCUUCCAGAUGCAUUUAGAUGCUUGCAUGGAAAUGAAAUGACUUAUAAAUCGCUGAAUCGACUACCUCAAGAGGGAUGGGAAGAAUUGAUAGAUUGCUGGUCAUGCCACAAUUGCGAGUUUAGAACGAUGCUGAGUCUUUCUCCCCAUCCGAGGGAAGGAGGAUUGCUUCUCUCAAACUUCUUUUUUCUCAUAAAUGAUUCUGAUCUCCCCAAGUGUUGCAGAAACAAUAAUUCUUCUGUAAGGAAACUAUUCUACAAUGAAGUUCUUCAGUAUGGAUGUACCCAUGAGGCCCUGGCAUACUCGUAUCUAAGCUCUUACUUCCAGAAUAGGAGUGUUCUUCUACUUGAAGUAAGCCAAACAAGAUGCGAGAUCAGAUAUUUCUACAAAACAAUGGUGAUAACCAUUGAAAACAAAACCUUGUGCAAAAAAGAGGCGAUGAAGGUGGGUGUCAAAGAAACAGACAAACCCAUCGAAAAAAAUGAGAACAUAAAUGAAUUCUAUUCCAAGUUGAUAUAUAACAUUGUGGUAUCAGGUGUAAUUGGAGCAACUGCACUGGGAUAUAGGAUCUCACUUGUAGAAAGGAAAUAA